CUUCUCCGCAGGGUGAGGGAGUGGUGGGUGCAGGUGGGGCUGCUGGCUGUGCCUCUGCUGGCCGCCUACCUGCACAUCCCACCACCUCAGCCUUCCCCAGCCCUUCAUUCCUGGAAGUCAACCGGCAAGUUCUUCACCUACAAGGGGCUGCGCAUCUUCUACCAAGACUCCGUGGGUGUGGUGGGCAGUCCAGAGAUCGUCGUCCUCCUGCAUGGCUUUCCAACCUCCAGCUAUGACUGGUACAAGAUCUGGGAAGGUCUGACGCUGAGGUUUCACAGAGUGGUGGCGCUUGAUUUCCUGGGCUUCGGCUUCAGUGACAAGCCGAGACCGCACCACUACUCCAUAUUCGAGCAGGCCAGCAUCGUGGAGGCUCUUCUGCGGCACCUGGGGCUCCAGAACCGCAGGGUCAACCUCCUGUCGCACGACUACGGGGACAUCGUGGCUCAGGAGCUGCUCUACAGGUACAAGCAGAAUCGAUCUGGGCGCCUUACCAUCAAGAGCCUCUGCCUGUCCAAUGGAGGUAUCUUUCCUGAGACUCACCGUCCGCUCCUCCUUCAGAAGCUGCUCAAAGACGGAGGGGUGCUCUCGCCCAUCCUCACGCGCCUGAUGAACUUCUUCGUCUUCUCGCGAGGCCUCACCCCGGUCUUUGGGCCAUACACCCGGCCCUCUGAGAGUGAACUGUGGGACAUGUGGGCCGGAAUUCGCAACAACGACGGGAACUUGGUCAUCGACAGUCUCUUACAGUACAUCAACCAGAGGAAGAAGUUUCGAAGACGCUGGGUAGGGGCCCUGGCCUCGGUGACUAUUCCCAUUCAUUUUAUCUACGGGCCGCUGGACCCCGUCAACCCCUACCCAGAGUUUCUGGAGCUGUACAGGGAAACGCUGCCGCGGUCCACAGUGUCGAUUCUGGAUGACCACAUUAGCCACUACCCACAGCUAGAGGAUCCCAUGGGCUUCUUGAAUGCGUACAUGGGCUUCAUCAACUCCUUCUGAGCUGGAGAGCAUAGCCUCCCUGUGUCACCUCCCCGACCCACCCUCCCUGUUGUCUGUGCUCCACUUAGCAAGCCGUGCCCCAAAGAUGUUCUGGCCGUUAAGCACUGUUCUCUCACCCAAGCCCCCUUUCCCGUUGGCAACAAGCCAGCAGCAAGCUCCCACUAAGGGGUGACCUCAGUUCACCAGCCCUACCCGGGACUCUGGGCGGGCGGAUUGGCCUGGGUCGUUUGUGAGCAGAAAGUUCUGGUGAGCUGCUCUGCUCCCUGACGCAGGAAGUGGGGCAGAUGGACUUGUCCGUGAAAGACUUUUUUUUUUUUUUAAACUCCUCUAUGGGCUACCUUUGUGGACCAUCUAGAAAUGCUCCUUUCUGGCCCCACCCCAGACUAGAGUGGGGGAGUCGAGGCGGUGGAGGAGGCCUCCCCUCUCCUUGCGUGGCUGUGUGGGGCGCACGCUUCUGAGUCCCCGGCCCCACAGCCUCAAGGGAGGGUGGGUCUCCCCCAGUCCUGGCUCUGCUUCUCCUUCCUCUGCUGCUUCUAGUGAUAGAGACACUUUGUCGAGCGAUUCGAUGUAUUCUUAGACUAGGCGCUCUCGCCGCGUGUACAUACGUUUUAUAGGGACACUAAGCCAGCAGGUUCUUCACUCUGGUGGCGUAGUGAGCUUUACUGAGCUGUUUUCAGUAGCCGCUCCUGAGCUCUGACGGCAUCCAUGGCGUCUGUGCCAGAGAUGUCCUGUUAUUCGCUGGGAAGAAAGGCCCGUUCAAACAGCAAAUAACAGUCUGACCCCUCAUACCUCGGCGCUGUGAGGCCAGGCCUCCGGCGCGCUCGUGGAGGGGGGCGGGACCAGGCGUCGUCCGUCCCCCGGCUGAAUGUGCAUUGUUUACCUUCCCGACCUUGGCGGCCCCACAAGAGGCAUGUGCCCGUCGCGGGCACAGCCCUUCCUGUGCUCCCCACACAGGAACGUUCCAGACCUCUUUAAGAACAAAUUCUGAAAGAUCUGUGAACAGUGGUGCUGAACCCCCUCCCCUUUUUUUUAAGCCACAGUUUCAUUGUCUUAGUCGAAACAAGAUUAGUAAGUGAUGAUUUUUCAAUUUUUUUUUAAUUAGCAGCUUCAAGUAGAACAACAAUGAACGUGGAAUAAGUGUUUAUUUUCUAAUAAUAAAAAUGAAUUUUGACAAAA